CGGGGCUGGCCCGGCUGCACCGGGGCUCGGAGCUGCACCGGGCCUGCCGCCGCUCUGCCGGCCUCGGCCCCGAGCGGGGACCUUCUCCUGUCACUGGCAGCGAGCUGGACGCGUGGUUUGCCUCUGUUCUCGUAAAAUCCCUGAUCAUCCUAUGGCCAGGGCACAGCGUCUUUUUUAGGAAGAAAUUCCUUCCGGAAUUGGUUGUAUUGAUCAUGGACAGUGAAGAAAUCCCUACUUUCUCAAGUCCAAAGGAGGAAACUGCGUAUUGGAAAGAGCUUUCCUUGAAGUACAAACAAAGCUUCCAGGAAGCCCGUGAAGAGCUGGCUGAAUUCCAGGAGGGAAGCAGGGAAUUGGAAGCUGAGUUGGAGGCACAGCUAGUGCAAGCUGAGCAGAGGAACAGAGAUUUGCAAGCAGAUAACCAAAGACUGAAAUAUGAAGUGGAAACAUUAAAGGAGAAACUGGAGCACCAGUAUGCCCAGAGUUACAAGCAGGUGUCGUUGUUGGAGGAUGACCUGAGCCAGACAAGGGCCAUCAAAGAUCAGCUGCACAAAUAUGUGAGGGAGCUGGAGCAGGCCAACGAUGACUUGGAACGUGCAAAGAGGGCAACAAUAGUUUCAUUGGAAGACUUUGAGCAAAGGCUGAACCAAGCUAUUGAGAGAAAUGCAUUUUUGGAAAGUGAACUGGAUGACAAGGAGUCAUUGCUGGUCUCUGUACAGAGAUUAAAGGAUGAAGCAAGAGACCUACGGCAGGAGCUGGCUGUGAGGGAAAGGCAGCAGGAGGUGACCCGGAAAUCAGCGCCCAGCUCCCCCACUCUGGACUGUGAGAAAAUGGAUUCAGCUGUCCAGGCUUCUCUCUCCUUGCCAGCUACACCUGUUGGAAAAGGAUCAGAAAAUAGUUUUCCUUCCCCAAAAGCUAUACCAAAUGGGUUUGGUACCAGCCCACUGACUCCUUCAGCUCGAAUAUCUGCACUCAACAUUGUGGGAGAUCUGCUACGGAAAGUGGGGGCCUUAGAAUCCAAAUUAGCUGCUUGCAGGAAUUUUGCAAAGGACCAGGCAUCACGGAAAUCCUACAUUUCAGGGAACAUCAACAGCGCCGUGAUGAGCAGCAACGGCACAAAGUACCCACAGCCAGGGCACACGUCCUUCUUCGACAAGGGGGCAGUGAAUGGCUUUGAGCAAGGGCCCCCCGGCCUGGGGGGCUCCCGACCGUCCUCGGCACCGGGGAUGCUCCCGCUGAGCGUAUGAGCCUGCAGGGUUUGGACUUGGAUGCUUUUCUCAGCCCACCUCGAGAAGAACUGCUCCUGAUUCCUCCCCAUUCCCACCCUGCUGGAACAUGGCCCUGAGAGGAGGCCCAGGGCCCGUGGCCCUCCAUGUCCUGUCAAUACAGUUUGUUUUCUGCUGUCGCUGUAGUGGACGUUCUCUGCCCCGGCCCCACGAGCUGCCACCCUCUGCUGUGCUUGGAGACACCGAGUCCUGCUGUGCCUGGGGGACAGGCCUGGCCUCACCCCUGGGCUUUCCCUCUCCUCUCACUUAGGUCUGACAGAGCCUUGGCUGCUCCUCUCACAGGCUCCCCUGUCCCUGUCCCCUCCCCGGCCCUGCAGCUGCUGCUCUCAGACCUUGUGGAAGUGCCCUGGGGGAGGCCAGUGCUGGCCCUGGGGCCAUUAGCACUUGGGAGCUGGCCCCAGACCCUGUCUCAGGGGCAGCUGCAGGCCCCAGACACUGUCUCAGGGGCAGCUGCAGAGCAGGGCUGGGUGAGCAGCUCCAUCCCCACUGGAUGGCUGGACACAUACACAGUGACUGGGCUCCUCGGUGCCAGUGCCCUGGGGUGGCCAUCCCAGCCUGCCCUGGUGCAGGGGUGGGCAGUGCUGUGACCAGAGGCUGUGCCCUCACGUGCCCCCAGGGCUGUCCCACAGCUCCCUGGCCUUGCUGGACUCGGCCUCUGUCCCUCACCCCACACAGAGACCCCAUGGGAGCUUUAGGAAGCUGCUGCUCCCCAAGAAUCCCCUGCCCAUCACCCCCUGUGCUGUAGGACUGGAUUGUGUAGCCUCACCUGCAGGCUUCUGUGACAGUUUGGGUUAACUGAACCUCGUGGGUCUUUCAAGCAACACAUUUGUGUGGUUUCUCUGUCCAUGUGCCUCAGAGUCAGUGGAUUUUUAGACUGAACCAGCAAACGGAGCCAGGGAUGGAGCUGAGGGUUCAGCAGUUAUCGUUCAGGGGCUCUGCAGCUCCCAGAUGGUUGAGUUACAAAAUGCUGAGAAAAAAACCCCACUGGCCCAGCAGUGGAGGUGGGAUUGUCCCUUUGCCAUUAGGGUUUGUAUGGUCCUUCCUUCCUGUGCAUCCUCUGCUGCAUUUGACUGUUUACAUUUGUUUUAUUGUACAUAGAUUUGUAAACAUAAUACCUUUGCCUGAGGUCUUUGUACAUAACUUGGGCUUUGUAGCUUUAUUUAUUCAGCCUCUCUCUGGCAUGUUUCCAUAGGAUGUACCGUUCCACCCUGGUGCCACUGACAUGAUGUGGUUUCAAAAGAAUGAAAACAAAUGAGAGUGAACUUCCAAAAAUAAAGUUCUUUUAAUGUGGAAUCAGUGGAUUUUGCAGAA